GCUGAGGUGGGGCUGGGUUUGUUGUGCAGCAGGCCUUUGCUUCGAAUCCAUCCACUAUGAUGCUCUUGGCAGCUCCCCUGGUUGUGUGCUUCAUGGCUGCAGAUCUUGCGGGUGAGGAAGUUCUGAGAAAGGAGAGUGGGUCAGUCACGUGCCGGAAGAUCUUCCUUCCUCUCGUCUGUUUGAUCGAUUGUCCAUCCAUCAGGCGGCUUCCUUGCAUCUCCGCAGAGGCACCCGCCCUUUCGCCGAACGGUGAGCGAGGGCUGCACCCACUCACUGUCAGUCAGCAAGAUCCAUCAACAUCUGCGCUGUUUCUGUGCGCUGGCCUGGCAGGGGUUCUCGCGCAUGAGGGCCUCCCUGGAGGCCCGUCAGCAGAGGGAGGGGGAGAUGGUGCAGAAGCUGACUCAGUCGCUGGGCGGUGACGUGGACCAGGAAACCGUCCGUGCGGCGCUGCAGGAGUCGGCCUACUACCUACCGCGGGCCUACCAGGUGCUGCAGAAGAAGAUAUUCAAGGAGCAGCUGCUGAGCGAGAUGAAGGCCGGCUUCGGCACAUGGAAUGCCACGGACCUGCCGAGCCGGCGGCCGGAGCGGCUGGGCUACAAGGUCGACAACACCUUCAUUCGCGAGGUGGAGAAGCCACGGACACAGCCACUCAAGGACUCGCACUUCAAAGGUACAGAGGUCACCUGACCUGACUGACCAGCCAAGGGAAGGAAGGAGGGCUGCCACACGUGUGGGCAGAUCAGAUGGUCGUGUGCUUUUGCGCCUGUGUGUGCGCCUGUCGUAGGCGGUUCCAACCCGCUGACGGAGGGUGAGUGGUGGCUGGCUUUGCGGCCCAGCACUGAGGAGUUCGAGGCGGCGAUAGCCGGGUUCGACACACAAAAGGCGGAAGACUGGUUGGCGCGCUACUCGGACGUCUACAACGACAAGGGCAGGCAGCAGUCCAAGAAGGUACUGGGAGCGUGACGUGACCACUCACUCAUUGAGGGAGGGAGGGACUGGCCAGCCGAGUGUACUGAGUCACUGGGGAGCUCGCAUGGCUCCCACUGGCUGGGCUGCCUGUCAUGAUCGUGGCUGCUUCGUCUGUGUGAAGAUUUUUCACUCCAUUUGUGUGGGGGUCGUGGAGAGAAGGGACCGGACCAUGGAAAUGACUUUUUCCAGUCGUCAAGUGAAU